AUCACGAUUUACCUAACGAUUUACCAUUUACGAUGCAAAAAGCAAAGCUCCCCAUCGGGGUCGCUCAGCUGCUCAGCUGAGCAAAAUUACUAAUCGUUUGUACGCUUUUAUAAUUUCCAUCUAUUUGAUUGCAGUGCCAUUUUUGUAUUCGUAUUAGUAAUAUAAACCCGCCGGUAUUCAGUUCCUCAAAAUGACUACUAUAGCAAGUGAGCUUAGUAUGAACGACCUAAACAGUAAAUUCUUCGAAAUAAUGAAGAACGAAGGCAACGCAGAAGAUGCGGCCAAUUUCAUUUAUGAGAAUCUUUACGAUGAUGUCAUGUUGGGAUUUGUUUUUGAGUUUCACCACGGAUUGAAGACGGGACUCACUGAUUUAAUAGAGGGCGAGAAAGAGGAAGAUGAGGGAUACAAGAUUGUGGUGUCGAAGGAUUUCGAUGUUUUCGGCUUAUCGCUUGUGAAGAAAACUGCUGAUUCUAACUGUUCUUGCCCUAACUGCGAAAGGCCGGUGUCUGCGACUCGUUUUGCUCCUCAUCUAGAGAAAUGUAUGGGAAUGGGCCGAAACAGUUCUCGUAUAGCGUCCCGUCGCAUAGCAUCCAACAGUCGAGAACCCACGUCAUACGCUGGGCUACUCAGCGACGAUGAAGACGACGCUGACUGGUCAGGCGGCUCCAUGCAGAGUGAGCGACGCAAGCGCAGGAUCAGGAACAAUAAUAGCCGGAAAUCUAAUAAAGUGCAUAACGGCAACAGAAAUAACGGGCAUCACAAUUCCGACGCGAACGAUGGAGGGGCCACAUACGAAACUAUGAGCGCUAAUGAGAAGAAGAACUUGUUGCAGCAGAUCUGUGGUGUUGUCUCGGAACAUACUAAGAAACUGUGUACAAGAUCCACCCGUUGUCCCCAACACACAGAGGAACAGCGUAGAGCGCUGCGUAACUCAGUUCUCGAACCUUCCACACCAGAGCAGAGCCUCACGGCUGAUGAUGCAGGGUCUCCCCCGGAUUCCAGCCCAUCAUCAUCCUGCUCCUCAUCAAGUAGAAAAAGAGAUAGACAUCGCGCUUUACCGAAGAACAAGAGUAAAAGAGAGAGAAAUGUGUCACCUAAUCGUGACUGAAAAAAGUGAUAUUUUUAAUUUGACGGUUUAGACAGUUUUGGUUUGAGAAAAUCAGGGAUAUUUUGUCUUUUUUUUUUGGCUUGAGAAGUCGGGAUAUGGUAUUUUUAAUUCACUGAAAUUGUGUUUUUAGAACAUCAUUUAGAUUGGAAAUAAGUGUAUUGAAAAUAACGAUGACUUGAAAAUUAUGUUACAGUGCUAGAAAGAAAGUUAUGUGUAUAAUUUUAAAAACAUAAAUGAUAUUAUAAGCCUAUAUUAUAAAGCGACAUGCUUUAGUUCGAUUUGUAGGUAAAAUAAUGUCUUGCGGUGUUGAAGCUAGCUAUAUUUUUAUUUUUGACUAUGAUUCUCAUAACAACUGUAUUUUUUAUAAAUAUCCGUACAGUGUGACUAUCUUUUCAUAUGACUAUGAUUUGUGAAAAAACGAUAUAUAUACCGAAAUGAAAAUGUAUAUUAUAUGACAAUUUUGUAAUAAAAAAUCAUAAAAAUCCUCGGAAGUUUUUAUCUGGUGUCCUUAUUUGCUAUGUGAAAUGUGUAAAAAAUCUGAUAUUGUCAAGAAUGACUUAAUAAAGAAUUUUAACCAACCAAUUUUGUUGAAUUACGAUAACCAGAGAAAAAUAUAAUUUAACACGAAUGGAGUAGCUGGGCUUAGCUUAUGAUUUGUAAAUUCUUAGAACAUUGUUACAGAAAGUGUGCUAUUUAGGGUUAAUAAUAUAUUUCUAAUAGGUAUAUAAAUUUUGUUCUACUGUUUGCACAGCAGCUGGCUUUAUAGUUGGAAUUUGCAUAAAGAAAAGGAAGAAGAGUAAACUUCUUUUAGAAGCGUUUUGAAUUUUAUAUAUGUAUAACUAUGGUGGUCAUGAUCAAAUCCCAGCCCAUCGUGUAAUUGAAAACAAUUCUGUUCAUUUCAAUUCUUUUUUGACGUCUUAAAGCAAGAUAGGUUACCUUUACAAUGCAGAAAUAUCGGCUAUCCUAUAGAAAUAACUUAGUUGAUAAAAUAUAUUUAUUAUUUUCCUACAAAAUACAAUGACGUUAUGGAAAAAGGUGUAGAUAGGUUAUAGCCAUGUUAUAGCGCUCUGAAAUUGGCACGUCGAAAUAUUGCUAAUUGGCUACAUUCUAUUUUAGUCUCUGUUACGCUCACGAUAUUUGAAUAUUGCCAUCUCACGCACAGAUCUCACGACGUCUAAUCGGAUGAGUGUUUAUGUGGCGUUUUUGAAGAUCGAAUGUUGUGUUGGUAACCUAUCCGCACCUUUUUACAUAAAAUACAUUGACAAAAUAUGGUAAAUGUAAGAAAUACUAUAUAGACUGGACUUAUUCGUAUAAAUAUACAAAAAAAUAUGUAAGAAAUAUAAUAUGAUAGAUAUAUAUGUGUAAGUAUGUAUGUAAUUAAAUAAGUCUGACUAAAUAUGUUUCUGUUACUUUCAUGAAAGAUAUAGUAGACUUAUAAUCUAUGAUUUAAAGCAAUUUUAGUUCUAAAUAUCAACGGUAUACGCUAUUCUUGUAUUAUGGGAGAUAUCACAAAAAUAAAAUUUAUUGACCUAA